AUAUCUUAAUUAGUGUGAAUGCUGAAGGCAUUUUAUUAAAAAAUGUUAUUAAAGUUAUUAUUAGUGGGCUGUGCUCACCACCCCACUAUGGACACCUCCAUAGCAGAGCUAUGGGUCUGACACCGAUCUGACUCGGUGUGCUAUCAUUCAGUUUUCCAGAAUAUUAAUUUGCGAAAACUGCGAAAAAUUUCCCAUAAGGAAUGAAUGGGACGAGGUCAAAAAAGUCACAAAUCUUCAGCAUGUCCUACUCUGGCAUACAUUCACCUAGAAAUACCAUUCAAAGUUUAAAACGUAGGCACAAGUCCUGGCUGUUUGAAUUGUGUAACCUUUUUCAUACAAUGUGUAGUUUUUGAAUGCUGAGUUUUUGAGGCAGAGACUAAAAAAAAACUCAGUAAUUUUCUCUUUCUGUGACAAUCCUGGCCACAAAUUAUGCUCAAAAACAGUGAUAUUUAUCAAAUUUGUAGCCAUACUUGUCUUCUUUCUCCCAAUAUGUCUACUUUAUCAGUAGGAUUUACGAUUUUUGAAUUAUCUGCCAAUAACCGACAGGAGUAGCUCUCAACUGCUCCAUUCACUCCAAUGUAAAUCGGGAAGAGGAUUUUUGAAACUGCACCCUUUUUUAAAUCGCUCCUAUUACCACAUUUCUGAAACGAGGACCACAAAACUUGAUGAGUGUGUAAAUCUAUUUAAUUGAUUAUGGUCAUGUGGAGGUGAGCCGGUCUUUUCUUGUUUGUUUUAUAAGUGUAGGUUAGCUACGUGCAUUUCAGAUGGAGACAAUUGUUCAAAUGCUGUGCAAGGGGAUAGAAUAUUGUUUCAUUAUUAUUACUGAGUUAAAUGUGAGAACUCAUGACAAUUUUUUUUUUUUUUUUUUUUUUUGAGUUACUACGUCCUUUUUGGCCACUCUCGGCACCGGUACCUAGUCACAUCCAUGGAAUAGACGCGCAACAACAUCCGAACGGCAGCUGACCGGGAUUUGGUUCACCUGUCCGCGGAACACCUGUGGCAGCGAGCCCGGUGUCAGACCUCAGACGGCACGAGCAGCAGGAACUGUCGGUGCGAUACUCGGGCUCACCUGUGGAGCCAAAAAAAAACACCGUGAUUUACCGCUGCGAGGAGAAGCCCGGCGGGCUGCCGACAGCUGUUAGGACAUCUGGAAUCACCAAGGCAUGAGAAUGAACGAGAAGCUCGAUGGAUUUCAGACCAUCCGAGAAGUGCUCACGCAGCAAAGUAAAGAUGUCGAGGACGAGGAUGGGAAGCUGACAGAAGACGACGAGCCCAGAGCCUGCGGUGUGUGUGGUGACCUGGCCAAGGGUUACCACUUCAAUGCCUUGACCUGUGAAGGCUGCAAAGGCUUCUUCAGGCGUGCCAUAAAGAGGUCGACGCAGCUCCGAUGUCCGUUCCUGAAUAAAUGCAGCAUAACCAAAAACAACCGCCGGUCGUGUCCGGCCUGCCGCUUCCGUAAAUGCCAGGCCAUAGGCAUGAAAAGAGAAAUGGUCAUGUCUGAGGUGGAGGUACUGGAGAGGAGGAUCCGCAUCAAGCGGAAGAAGAAGGUGGACACAGCGGUGCAGCUCUCCUCCCAACAACAGGAGACCAUUCAGGAGCUGCUCUGCGGCCACCGCAGCUCGUUCGACUCUGCAUUUUACCGCUUCAGUGGCUUCAGGCCUAUGGACAGAAACAUCCAUCGUAUGAGUGAGGACGACCAGUCCCCAUGUGAGCCUUCCUCCACCUCCUCCUCCUCCUCCUCCAGUCUCUCCGGUCCCUUUGACAAACAAGAGAACGUAGAUGGCAACCCAGACAGAAAAAGUGUUUUCACCGCUCUCCCACAUGUGACUGACCUCGUAACUUACAUGAUCCAAGACAUCAUCAGUUUCUCUAAAAGUCUCCAGGACUUCCGGUCUUUAAUCAUGGAGGACCAAAUCGCCCUGUUGAAGGGGGCCACGUUUGAAGUGAUGCAGAUCCGCUUCAACAUGGUGUUCAACGCAGAAAAAGGCAUCUGGGAAUGCGGCAACAUAAUAUACUGCAUAGAUGACGCUGUACGAGAUCGUCCAGGUGUGCAGCAACACAGUGUGAUUGACAAGCUUCAUGAAAACUUGGGGCUGACACUGAAAACCUGGAUUGACUGCAAGAGAAGAGGCCCAGAAAAGCACUUGCUCUACCCCAAAGUGAUGGCCUGUCUCACCGAGAUGAGGACAAUGACUGAGGAGUACAGCAAACAGGUUCUGCAGAUCCAGGACAUCGAGCCUGACGUCAUCUCUCCCCUCAUUAUGGAGAUAGUCAGUUGAAAAACAUUCUUCUAAUACUGACGUCUACAUGGACAGCUCCAGCGCUCGGGGUCGGCACUUGCGUUAUUUGAUAAUGACGACCCCUAAACCGAAAACCAGCAGCUAGUAUUCUGGUUUAGCUGUUGUAAAAAUGCAUCAAAAUACUAAAGAAGCAUUCCUGUCAUGUAACAGUCUUAUCAUCCUGAACAGAUGAAAGUGGUUGUUAGCCUCACAGUCUGAGCCAGUCGAGUCCGGCUCAAAUGUGAGCUAUCUAGACAGUGUGCACAUGUUGUGUUUCUAUGAAUGAAUGUGGACUUAACGUGGGAUUCAAACGGUUUUGUUGCAAUGUUUCCCACAGAAUUGUAGGAGAACAUGAAGCGUGUACAGUAUUUUCUCAGAGAAAGGAAAGAGUCGUUGACAAUCUUUGCUUUUUAUAUUUGUUACCUCAGGUCAAUUUUUUUUUAACGCCGUCAAGUGAUACAGAAAUGCUCGUACACAAAUUGUAAACAAGGCUGAUUAAAAUAUUCCACAAAUUGGGCGUCCCACCAUCUCAGUUGGUAGAGCAGGCGUCCUUGCUGCAGUGACCCAGGGUCGAGUCCAACCUGUGGCCCAGCGCUGCAUGCCACCCAUCUCCCCUCCUCCUCAUCCCAUCACCCCUCACUCAAUACUGUUCUAUCAAUAAAGCCAUGAAAAGGCCAAAAAAAUACAGAAGAUUUAAAAAAAAAAAAAAAAAAGCGUGUGAUGGUGCUUCCGGAGUAAUUAACAGCAUAGUAGGACAAAUGUUGCCCCUCUGUGGUCAUACUGAGACAAAGGAUAACAAACAUGUAACACAACUCAUAUGUUCGUGUCAAAACUUGGUCCUAAUGUUUGAGAUAUAGGUCAAGAAAGGAGGACAUAAAGAUUGGUGUUAAGGAGCUAAAGCAUUAGCGAUGAUAUGUAAGUUUGAUUCUUAAAGGAA